ACUUCAUCAUGGUGUUCAGUGAGGUCCACAUAAGGAGAAGGCUGCUGUUAGCCACCUUCCUCUUUCUGUCUGUCUAUGGACAAACUUCAGGACCAUAUUUCAUGGUAACAUUUCCUGCAGUAAUAGAGUCUGGCUCUCAUGUAACAUUCUGUGCGAGUCUUCUGAAGCCUAAUGAGACUCUGCAAAUGGAUGUUUAUCUGGUUGAUGGCAACCAGAGUAGGACUCUUUUUCAAGAGACAGUGGAAAAGGAUCUUCACUGCUUUAAUUUUGAAGCUCCACAGGUUGAGGGUGAAUCAGUGCAAAAGAUCAGAGUAGAGGUCAAAGGGGAAUGUUUUAAGAUGACAGAAGAAAGGAGAGUAAUGUUUAAAUCCUAUGAUACAUUGACUUUUAUCCAGACCGAUAAAGCCAUCUACAAUCCAGGCCAAACAGUGAAUUUCAGAGUUGUCACUAUGGAUUCUUAUUUACUCCCACUUAAACAAAAGUACAGCACAGUGUUUCUUCAGGAUAAUCAUGGGAACAGGAUUGGUCAGUGGACAAAUGUGUCCUCGCCAGGUCUGAUACUGCAGCUUUCUCAUGAGCUAAAUGCUGAAGCUCCACAGGGAGAAUAUCAGUUACAUGCUGAGAUUGGAGACAGAUUGAUCACACACCAAUUUAAAGUGGAAAAGUAUAUUUUACCCAAGUUCGAGGUUACAUUAAAAGCACCAGAAGAACACAGCAUUGGUGAAGAGGAAGUAAAGCUAGAAGUUUGUGGAAAGUACACAUAUGGACAACCAGUAUCUGGUCAAGCAGUGGUUAAGUGGAAAUCCUUGAUUCACCAAAAAACUUUCAACGGGAAAAAGCUAUUGAAGGAAGAGUACACAUAUGGACAACCAGUAUCUGGUCAAGCAGUGGUUGAGAUUAAAGUUACUACCUACAGUGGAACACCAAUUCCAAACAAGAAGGUGUAUCUUUCAGAAGGUGAACGGUGGUCACGAACGCAACUACUCAAUCUUACUACAGAUAGUAAUGGUAUGGCAAACUCCUCAGUCCCUUCACCUGAACAUCCUAAAACAGAAAUAUUAUUGAGGGCAAGUGUCUAUCCAGAGGAAAAAUACCACCCAUACAAAACACCAUUCUUUUCAACUGCAGAAAAACGUAUACAGCUGCUCCAACCUGCUACACCUUACAGUCCAGUUUUCAGUGAACUCUCAAUAGAGAGCUCAGAGGAACCAUUUAAAUGUGGUGCUGAAAUUCCCAUAACCAUUAACUACUAUAUUGUUGGGGAAACUGCUGAAAAUUACAGCACUGAUAUUCUAUACAUGGUCUUAUCUAAAGGAGCCAUAGUCCAUCAUGGGCAUGAGACUGUUGAAGUGGAAGAGUCUACGGGUGUCAGAAAAGGAAAAGUCUCAUUUAACCUAUCUGUUCAUGUUGAGCUAGCUCCUGUAGUGCAGGUUGUAGUGUACUCUGUCCUGCCCAGUGAGAACAUCAUUUCUGCUAGCAAGAACUUUGAAAUUGAAAAAUGUUUCAGAAAUAAGGUUUCGCUACAGUUCUCUCCCUCCAAGGCAGUUCCAGGUGAGAAGAACAAUCUUGAUGUUUCAGCUCAUCCUGGAUCAUUGUGUGGCCUCAGUGCAAUAGAUCAGAGUGUGUUCCUCUUGGAAUCUGGAAACCGCCUAAACGCUGACAAGAUAUUUAAUUUGUUGCCAGUGACAUUGGUAUCAGAUUAUCCCUAUCGUAUACGGGUUGACCAUGUAUACGAUACAUUAAAGGGAGUGGGGCUGAAGAUGGCAACAAAUUUGGCUGUUAGAUAACCUCAUUGUUUGCUGUACAAAGGCAUGCAGUAUCAUUUUGAACAUCUAUAUGUUGCAUACAGGACCAAUUUUCCUGAACCAGUGGCAUUAGUAGGAUAUCAUGACAGAUAUGAACCCAUCAAGACAGUUCGUAAAUUCUUUCCAGAAACUUGGAUAUGGCAACUUCUUGAAGUUGGAGACUCUGGAUCAGUACCGCUUCCUGUCACUGUUCCUGACACUAUCACCACCUGGGAGACAGAGGCUUUCUGCGUAUCAUCUAGUGGUCUGGGUCUGGCUCCUCCUGUUCAGCUCACUGUGUUUCAGCCCUUCUUCCUGGAGCUCUCAUUGCCCUACUCCAUUAUCCGGGUGGAGGUUUUUGAGCUGAAGGCCACUGUCUUCAAUUAUCUUUUGAAAUGCAUUAUGGUUAAAGUGACUCCAGCCUCUUCCCUAGAAUACACUCUGGAGCCAUCUUCUGAUGACAAGUAUUCAUCCUGCCUGUGUGAAAAUGGAAGAAAGACAUUCACUCUAAUUCCCUCUGUGCUUGGAGUCCUGAAUGUUACAGUGAGUGCAGAGGCAGAACAAUCUCAGACUGUGUGUGAUAAUGAGAUUGUAAGAGUGUGUUCCAGAAGAGGCCGUAUUGACACAGUUACAUGAAGCUUUAUUGUACAGGCUGAAGGAACUGAAAAGACAAAGAGCCUAAGCUGGUUAUUAUGCCCACAAGGCAACAGUGUUUCAGAGGAAUUGGAGCUGACUCUUCCUGAGGAUGUAAUAGAGGGAUCAGCACGAGCUUCUGUUUCAGUGCUUGGUAAAGAGAUAAAACAUUACAGAAAAAAUUUGCAGUAUAAAUUAACAUCUUUAUUAACUGCUUUCGUGUUGAGCACUUUUGGCAAAGCAAAACAUUUCAUCUUUAUUGAUCCAGACAUCAUUAACAGUGCAAAGCAAUGGCUCAUAGUUAUGCAGAGAUCAGAUGGCUGUUUUAUACAACAGGGAAAUUUGUUCAAUAAUAGAAUGAAGGGUGGUGUAAAUGAUGAAGUGACCAUUACUGCUAGGGCUGGAAGACAGCCAAUGCAGUCAUCCUCUCUGUGUUUUUCUGCCCCGGAGCCUUCUUCGACAUGCCCACUACACGGGCUCUCCUCCAAAACUACCGAUGAAGACAGCAGCGUUAUGACUGGGACUCCGACAGCCUCUGCUCCUGCUGACCCAGGAAUUAGGAGACAAUUAAGUGUUAAUCCGUUCACACUGGCAGAAAAAGGAAAAAUGAAGAAGAAAAGCAAGAUGAAUGCCACAGAGCAGUCACAAACUUUAUUGUUAAAGGAUCCUGUUGUGAAUAAAGGGCUGUUGUGCCUAAAAUCUUCUAUUCAUAACCUGACAAACACCUACACCACUGUGCUCUUGGCCUACACUUUCAGUCUGUCUGGAGAGAAGGAAAUUCGGGAGCAGCUACUAAAAGAUUUGGAUAAUGUUGCUAUUGUUGAGCUUAGAUAUGGUUGUCUUCACUGGUCUCAGUCAGCAUUAGACGAGUCCGACUCAUUGUCAGUGGAAAUCAGCUCCUAUGUGCUGCUAGCAGUUCUCACUACAGGCCAACUCACUACAGCUGACUUGGGCUAUGCUAAUAGGAUAGUCAGCUGGCUGGUGAAGCAGCAAAAUCCCUAUGGAGGCUUUUCCUCCUCCCAGGACACAGUGUUCAGCUCAGAAGGCUCUAGCACAAUAACUGUAAAGUCAGCACCUGGACACAGUUACACCUUUGAUAUGAACCAGAACAAGAAGUUACUGUACCAAGAAAGAUCAUUGCAGGAUGUUCCUGGCAAAUACAGCAUUGACGUGAAGCGCUCCAUCUGUGUGUCAGUGCAGACAUCACUUUUCUACAAUGUCCCCACACCUACUGAAAUCAGUUCACUGAACAUUACAGUGAAUACUGAGGGAAACUGCACAAAAUCAUUUGAUCACACUUUGACUAUCAAGUUCUCUGUCCAAGUUGGAUUCUAAAAUCUACGUCCACGACAGUUUACAGAUGUGUUUGUUAGAGUACAACUCCAAAAUGUACGACUAUGACAGUUUACGGACACAAGCUCUGUUACACGCAUGACAUGCGAAAUUACACCCACGAAGUGUGGUGUGUGAAACGACUGUCAAAAAUACGUCAUCAAGGUCACAGGCAUUACUAUCCGAGGGAAGAUGAAUCAAUUUGUGCGCCCCGCCACCAUUUUAUACCACUGGUGCCCUGAGAGCUAAUCAUUUUUUUUUAUUGUUGGAAAAAUCACAAAUACAAUAAGGCAAUACAAGAUCAUAAGAAGAUCCUUAAGAACAGAGCACCAAUCAAAAUGAAAAUAAACUAAAAAAAAAAGAAAGAAAGAAAAAGAAUGACACAGUAGGGUCUUCUAAUAGUUUACAUUUCUGCAAUAAACUAAACAGUCUUCUUCCAGUUUUACAUUUUAACAAUCUUAUAGAUUUACAGUACAUCCAAAAUUCCUUUUGAAAAACAGAAAACAAUGGCUUUGUUUUAAGGCACUUACAUUUAUGAAUAUAAAAUUUGCCCUAAAUGAAAAUAAUAUUCAGUACAAAUUGAGUAUGUACAGUACAUCUUCCAUUAAUAAACCAAAAUUAUAUUGUUUUUUUAGAACAUUGAGAAGACAGCUUACAGCUACUGUUAGCCACUCUAAUGUAUCAGACCAAAAGGCUCUAUUGAAUGAACAGUCAAAGAAUAAAUGUACAGUUGUUUCAAUAUCAACAUCACAAAAGGUACAAUUAUUGUGAUCAAUAUUAAAUCUAUAUCUAUGAAACUGUAAAGAUGGAUAGAUAUCAUGCCUGAAACCUAACU